AUGACCCCAGAGCAUUUCUGCUUCUCUUUUCUUGAUUCUAUAACUGUAAAAGGCUUCACAACCGAGCUAACCACCACCACAAGAAGCCCCUGGCUCUCAGCAGACUGGACGUCCACCGACGACCGCGUCCGUGGCGGUUCCUCGCACUCCUAUUUAAUUCCAUCGCACGACGGGAAAACCGCGACAUUUAACGGUCAUCUCGACACCCGCACCCUCGGCGGUGCCGGCUUCGCAUCGCAGCGGACCACCGGAGACCGAAGCUGGGAUCUAUCCUCAUACUCGGGGGUGGAAUUGGAUAUUGACACUGCGAACUCGGACACGAAACUGUACACGCUCAUCGUGAAGGAUGAGAAGGGGCUUCUCCCGCCUAGAGACGACGGACGCGAGCGGAGCGGGUUGAGCUGGGAGGCGGAUUUCAGGCCUGGUUAUAACAAGGGCAAAGUGGCUUUCAAAUGGGAGGAUUUCAGGCCGACGUAUAGAGGAAAAGAAGUGCAUGACGUCGAGCCGUUGGACUGCAAGGCUAUUAAGAGGUUCAGUAUUAUGAUGCGAAGGUUCGUGUUUUUUGGUGAUUUCUUCGGUGAGCAGGAGGGCGACUUUACUCUUUCUAUCGUAUCUAUAGCUGCUUGGAAGGAUAGCAGGGAGGACAACCUGGGGCUGGAGAAAGAAGAGGGUGCUAUUAUUGUGGAGUCCAAAGAGGCGCCUGACUAUGGCAGCUGGAGAGUCUACGAAUUCAAAAUAUCUCUGCUCUCAGAUGCCUGGGUACUUGAUGUACCAACAUAUGGAAUCCAGAUGGGCUGUGGGAUACAGAAGGAACGAUGA